CUUUGGCUCGGUGUCCCCUUUGUUCUGAGUGGCACGUUGUUUCCCUAGCAGUGUGUCCUUUCUCUUCCCUCACAUGUGCUGCAUGUUUCCUCCUCCCACCAGCAGCUCUGUGCUGCCUCUCCAGGAUCCUCUUUCCUAGCGAACAAUCUCAAGGGACCCAGUGUGGGAAGCACGUAUUUCCGCACUAAAACUUCUCUUUUUUCUGAAUCCUGAACAAAAGAAGCUGCAGCCUUGGAUUUCCUAGACCUGGCUUUCUUUGAAGAGGACUCACACUGUCACAUGGCCACCUGGAUUACUGUGUGACCUUUAAACUGCGCAAAUUUGGAGGGAUUUCUGGAUGAACUGUUAGAAGACCGGUUGCCAUGGAUGUGAGAGUUGCUGGAAAGGGGUUGCACGAUGUACAGUAACAUCUGGUCUAGUGCUCUUUGCUGCUGUAAGCUGGGAAGGGGCUGUGCUGUCCAGCCAGAAGACAGGGGACCCUCAGCCCCGUCUGCUCCUGUACAGAUGUGACAACUUGACUGCCAUUCACUGGAGAGAGCUGCACAGUGAGUGUUCAUGCUGCAAGUAACUGCUGGCGAUGUGCUAGAGCUGCACUCAUUUCCCAUAUCUGCUACUUGUGACAGAGCAAUGUAGAAGUCAACGAGAUGCUGAUGUACUGGAGAAUCUGCUGGAACAAGCGUCAUAGAAGUGGGCUUCAUGCACAUAGGGGAUGCACAGAGCUGGGUUCAUCUGUCCACAGCUCCAGGUGAGAUGGAGAAGGCUGUCACUUUACAGCUGCUGUUGCUGCUGCUUUGCGGUCUUUGCUCCGGUGUGGAGGAGAAAUGCCCACAGCCAUGCGACUGCCAGCAUCUCCAGCAUGUCCUCUGCUCAAACAGAGGGUUAGACACUGUACCCAAAUCUAGCCACAUACUCAAUCCUUUGGGGACCAAAACCUACAGUCUAGGAGGAAAUUUUAUCACCAACAUCAGCGCUACAGACUUUACAAACUACUUCAAUCUACAGCGGCUUGAUCUGCAGUACAAUCAGAUCCAUUUCAUUCAUCCCAAGGCAUUUGACAAGCUUUCCCAUCUGGAAGAGCUCUAUCUUGGCAACAAUCGGCUUCAGACCCUUACCUCUGGUGCAUUGUCCGCUCUUAAGAAACUAAAAGUGUUGAAUGUGAAUAGCAACCGGCUACAAAAUGUCAGCCGUGCCAGUUUCUCCAGCCUGGGGUCACUGAUCAAACUAAGACUGGACGCUAAUAACAUGCAAGUACUGCAUGGCUCUCCCUUUCAGGGUCUCUCCAAUCUGCUUUAUCUCCAUCUGGAAAACAACAAACUUACAAAUAUCAGUAAAAACGCAUUUGCAGGGCUUGUAAAAUUGCGUUUACUGAGCCUGUCAGGGAACCCCCUAAACUCUUUACGCCAUCCCACAUUUUUACCACUGCGCUCCCUUAGCACGCUUAUCAUGGCUGGAAAUAAUCUGCAGCAACUGGGACCAGGUGUUUUUCAUGGGCUACAGAGGCUUUCCAAACUCGUUCUUAGCUCAAGCAGGAUUUCUCUUCUACACAGCAAGACUUUUCAGGGAUUGGGAUCUUUGCAAGAGCUGCACCUUGAUGGAAACUUACUGAGCGAUCUGCCUGAAAGCCUCCUAGUAUCACUGCAAAGUUUGGAGGUAUUAAAUAUGAGCCAUAAUUCUCUCUCCAGUUUGCAACCCAGAACGUUCAAUGGAUUAAGUCGGCUGAGGGUCUUGGAUCUGCAGUAUAAUAUGUUUCGUUUUCUGCCUGGGGAUAUCCUUGCGGAAAAUCCAGCCCUUUAUAGGCUGCAGCUAGAUGGCAAUCCAUGGAACUGCAACUGUCAUCUCUUGGGGCUCAAACGCUGGAUUUUGGGAACCCUACACACAAGGAUACGAAUGCUGACCGUGUUUGUAAAGUGCAAAGAGCCUCAGGAGGUAGCAGGAAAGUAUUUGGACUAUCUGGAAGAUACUUAUUUGCAGGGAACUGGGGACUGUGUUUUUACUACGACUCCUAAAGGGAUGUACAGCGCUGUACCAGGUGAACAUCUGGUUUUGCAUCCUUCACCAGAAGGUCAGAAAAGUGAAGCAGAUUCGGAUCAUUUGGAUUCAAAAGCAAGUAUAUUACCGCCUGCCUCUACACAAUCACCAAAAGCCUUCUUUAUGCCUCAAACAUUGGCAUCCGUAGAACGAAUCCCCACCACCAAAUUGCCAUCAGGGACCAAAAGAAGCAGUGCAGAAAAACGGCAAAAAAUAUCACAAGCGGGCAAAAGCAAAAACACAAAGGCUUCUGGUGGAACGCGGAAUCCAACAGAAUCGAAGCUGAACUUGCUGAAGCCUAGCCAGCAGUACCCAGAGACUGAAAAGCAACACCCUGUUACAUUCCAGCCAACGAGUGAAAAAUUAAAACAGCUGCCUUUCAAGCAAUCUGAGGCUCCAAUCUCAGCAUCCAACAAUUUACAUCAUAGUCUUCCAGAUGUUGAGAUUUUACAUCAGCGGCCCCCUGCCUCUUUAAAUCCUCCUUCCAAUCCUGAGCACUCUGAUGUAACAUCUGAAAUGCCAAAAACUGGCGACUCGCACCUGAAGUUAAAAAAACCGCAGAAGGACAUCCCAGAAGUAGAGACCUUACAUCGGAGUCAUUCUGACGCAUUGCAGCCUUCUUUCCACUUUACGCAUCCUGAGCAAAGCGAAACCUUGCAUCAAGUUGCACCUUUUCCAUCCAUCCUGUCUGAUCCGUGUGAAUUUAACAAGUUGUAUUUACUAAACUUGUCUGUGGAGUACGUAGGAAGCACUACAGCUCGGGUACGAUGGCAAACGAUACCACAUACUCAUGGGCCUGUCCUGUUCAGGGUUCUUUAUGAGCGAUUUGGUCAGGGUGGACGCUUUCAGCGGUUUGUCUACCCGAGGGGUCAUGCAGAAUCUUUAACAUUGCAGGAGCUGACAGGAGAUACUCCAUAUUUAGUGUGUGUUGAAAGCCUUAUUGGUGGCAGAGCUUGUCCUGUGGCUCCUAGGGAGCAUUGCGCAGGUCUUGUGACAUUACCUGCAGAAGAUGAGCAUUCUUGGCUAAACUACCAAUUGCUUGCCUUGGUACUGCUGGCCCUCAAUGCAUUGCUGCUUCUGUUGGGCUUGGUUGCUUGGGGUUCUAGAGUGGCACGCAGAAAAUGGUGUAGAAAGAGGGCGCCAGUUCAUGUCCGCCAGAUGUAUUCCACGCGCCGCCCUUACCGGUCUGUGGGAACUGGAGUGUCCACUGAUUUUUCAGGUUUUCAGUCACACCGAGCCAGGACUGCAGUGUGUGCUCUGGGAGAAGCAGACCUCAUGGAGUUCCCUGGCUGUGAGCGCUUCAGAGAGGGGGCAAAUAUACACAGAGAUAAUCUACUCCAGAGGUUCACAGACUAAUCAUUUCAUAAAUCAGCCAGGAAUGUCCUGCUGAAUAGCAGCCAAAUACAGUGCGCGUAUUAUUGAGGAUUUGUUCCCAAGAAGUAAUUGGCCAUCAAUCGCUAAAUGUCAUUAUGUAUUUGGUCACAUUAGACAACACAAUUUGACAUGUCGAACAUGCAGACAUCCAAGAUAUACUGUAUAUUACUAAAAAUGAACUCUGUUAGGCCUCAUACGCACAGGCACGUGGGGCCAUGCCAAGUAAAUUAUUUCCGCACACAGGAGACACAACUGAAGCAUACAGAUGCCCAUAGUAAUGAAUGGCGUAUGCCAUACUUAUGUAAACACAUGUAUGGGUGGAAAUCCCUGCAUGUGGCUUGUGUGUGUGU